GCGACGAGAACGUAUCAAUCGCAAGUGUUUGUUUUCACCUUCUGAUACCUCCGGCGAAAACAAUCACCAAAUAAAAAUUGCAGUUUGCCUUAUCAACAUCAUAAUAGAAGAAAAAAAGUUGUUGAAAUAUUCUCCAGAAAUUAAAGAGAAAUCCUUGGAUAUCUGCAUCAUAAAUUGAUCACAUCAUGAUGUGAGAAUUUAAUUGGGGAGUUAUUAUUUUGGCAAGCUAAGGGUAACUCGGCCUGCGAUAAUGAGAGGUGUUUAAACCUUCUGCAAUGCAACCUUGAGCACCUGCAAACGUUUGAUUGGCACAUGCCGGUACAUACACAUGAAACAUUGAAUAAGACAAUGUUGUCUAUUGCAAUGCUAUUUUAAUGUCAUAGUUAGAGUCCAUAUUGGCAGUUUAUUGGAUUCGACAGAGGGAAAUAAACUCACCUAUCGACAUUUCAAGUGGAUAAAAAGUAUCAGUGGUAAUCGGUUUGGAUAAUUAAAUAAUUAUGAUAACCGGGAAGUAGGCAAGGGUUUGAGUAAGUCGUGGGUGAAAAUAGUGUUGGGAAAGUUCAAGUGAUGUAGAGAGGAAUCAAGGUCGUGUGAAGAGUCUUAUAGACUUGGCUCAUUUUUCCGGUUAAUUAUUAAGUUGGAGAGCUUUCUGUAGCUUUCUCACGUAACAACUGACUUUUUUCUCUGGUUCUUUUUUUUUUCUUUUUUUAUUAUUAUUAUUAUUUUUCAACUGGUACUUGCAACAUUGAUCCAUGUCGAUUACACACGACGAAGGAUUCGACGAGAGUGUCGUCGCGAGGGAGGACAACGUCCUUCGAUUGCAAUUGGCUCUACCUGUCAUACGUAAUGAGUCGUUGUUACCACCCUCACCUGGACACCUACCUGGAUGCAGUCCAAGUUACUUCACCUGCAGUUCACCUUUUCCAUUCAGAGAGGAAAAGCUCGUCGAUGAUAAGCUCCUGCACGAGAACGAGAUACAGAAAACGCACAGCCGUCGUCCAAGUACGAGUUUUCUACCUCGAAUUGUGGAACCAUUGAGUCCUUCGAAAUCUCAAUUGAGUGAUUUUGUUCGUUCCAUCGGAACACCGGACGUAUCCCUCGCAUCUACUUCCGGUUCUCGUGGUUCCAGUCCUGGUCGAUCGGCGACGGAAGAGGACGUCGUUGUGGGGUCACUCCGAGACGAAAUGCCUCUGGAUGUUGCCAAACUCGAGGCUGGCCUGGAGGCCGCUAAUAUUGUUGGACGGGAAAUUUUGUAUCAAUCGGAUAAAAAUGGCUUCAAACGGAAGGAUGACACCGGAAGUAGUCCCAGACCCAAAAAGACUUCCGUUCCGUCGGUUUUUCCUGUUGCCACAGGACUUGUUGCAGUUCGGGAUGCAUUCGGUCCGAAGUUAACUCCCGCGAUAUCCGCCGCAAAUUCACUUCCGGAAAGUCCACAACCGGAAGAGGAUACGUUCAACCCUGAGGAUCCAUCAACACAGACGCAUAAACAGAAUGGAGUUGCUGGAGAUGGAGACAGCGGAGAAACCGAUCACGAAACACUUUUCUUCAGGGACGGGCGAAGGCGUAUUGACAUGGUUCUGGUUUACCAGGAGGAGACAGAAGGAGUUAUGACGGAAAUAGAAUCGAAACGUAGGGAGCAGAGGAGAAUUUUUCAAGAGAAUCUGCUCAAAGAGGGGCUGCAGAUGGAGUUGGAGCCCAAGGAGAAUUCAUUCGAUGGAAAAACAUUUUUCCUCAAGAUUCACAUACCCUGGAAAAUUAAAGUCCAGUACGCCGAAGUUAUGAACUUGAAAUUAUUGACUAAAAGAUUCAUAACAAUAAGUGUUAAGGCGUGGGGAGACGAUGCGACGAAAAUAAAGAAAAAAUUCUGGGAGAAAUGGUCGAAUUUCCUGAGCUUCCUCCAGAGAUUUCACAUGUGGGACACAAGUCUCUACCCAGAAGAGCCGAAUUUUUACGCAACUCACGAUUCCGGUGACAGAGAGGAAAGAUUUCUUGUGAAGGACAGGGAAACGGCGUAUACACCAGCCCAGAGGUCUCUAAUCGUUUACCAAAUUUUAAUGAGAGCGAGGUACGACGAAACACAUGAGAAAGCAGGAAUCAGACGUUUGAUAGCCGAUGGAACUUACAUCGACUGCUUCUGCCUCCACGAGGGGCCCUACAAUCGUCCAGGCCCCGACGGAGUACCCCUCGAUCGACAUUUACUCUAUUUGAUCUGGGCCCGACCCUCUCAAUGGUACAAAAAGCAGCCACUCUGGCUGAUACGUCGUUACUUCGGUGAAAAAGUAGCUCUGUAUUACGCCUGGUUGGGGUUUUACACUCGAUCCCUUUAUCUCCCAGCAAUAGUGGGUCUUCUGUGCUUUGUGUAUGGUCUGAGCACGAUGGAGAGCACCGACAACAUCCCCAGCAAAGAAAUCUGCGAUCCAGAGGGUCCUGGGAACAUCACCCUCUGUCCCCUCUGCGAUAAAGCCUGUGAUUACAGAAAACUCAAAGAGUCCUGCCUGUUCUCACGUCUGACUUAUCUCUUUGACAAUCCAGCCACCGUCUUCUUCGCCAUCUUCAUGUCCUUCUGGGCGACGAGUUUUCUGGAGCUCUGGAAGAGGAGGCAAGCGGUGAUCGUGUGGGAAUGGGACUUGCAGAAUGUCGAUGGGGAUGAGGAGCCCAGGCCCGAGUUUGAAACAUCUGUCAAGACAUUUAGAAUAAAUCCAGUGACCAGGGAGAGAGAGCCCUACAUGCCAGCCUACUCCAGGGCCUGGAGAUACUGCGUCACGGGUUCCCUCGUCUUCUUCAUGAUAUGCGUCGUUCUCGGUGCUGUUCUAGGAACAAUAAUCUACAGAAUUAGUCUCGUUGCAGUUGUACAUUCUGGGGGUGGAUCCCUCCUUCAGAGACACGCCAAGAUAUUCACUUCAAUGACAGCUGCCCUCAUCAAUUUGAUAAUCAUUAUGAUUCUGACUAGGAUCUAUCAGAAGCUGGCCAAGUGGAUGGUGAACAUGGAGAAUCCCAGGACUCAAACGGAGUACGAGGACUCGUUUACAUUCAAAAUUUUCUUCUUCGAAUUCGUCAACUUCUACUCCUCCCUCAUCUACAUCGCCUUCUUCAAGGGCAGAUUCUACGUGCAUCCUGGUGACGCCGAUGCGAGAUCCUCGGAGUUCUUCAGAAUUAAAACAGAUGUGUGUGAUCCAGCUGGAUGCCUCUCAGAGCUGUGCAUCCAGCUUGCCAUAAUAAUGGUGGGUAAGCAGUGCUUCAAUAAUUUCAUGGAGAUACUCUCCCCCAAAAUGGUAAACUGGUGGAGAAAGAGGACUCACGUGGCGGCCACCAAGGAUCACGAGAGACCCUACACCUACUGGGAGCAGGAUUAUCAAUUGCAGGAUCCUGGAAGAUUAGCCCUCUUCGAUGAAUACCUGGAGAUGAUCCUGCAGUACGGAUUCGUAACACUCUUCGUUGCUGCUUUUCCCCUGGCGCCGCUCUUCGCUCUUUUGAAUAACAUCGGAGAAAUUCGGCUUGAUGCUUACAAAAUGGUGAAGGAAGCCAGAAGGCCCCUCGCCGAGAGGGUCGAGGACAUCGGGGCCUGGUACGGAAUUCUCAAGGGUGUCACUUAUGCUGCUGUUGUAUCCAACGCCUUUGUCAUCGCUUACACUUCUGAUUUCAUUCCCAGGAGUGUUUAUGCAUAUGUUUACUCAAAAACUAAUGACCUACAGGGCUACAUUGACAGCUCUCUGUCGGACUUCAAUACAUCUCAUUACAGUGAGGACAUGAUCGGCAAUAGAAAUGGACCGCCAAUCUGUCAGUACAGAGGAUACAGAAAUGGUCCUGCUCACAGUGAUCCUUAUGGAUUGAGUCCUCAAUAUUGGCAUGUGUUUGCAUCGAGACUGGCCUUCGUCGUCUGCUUCGAGCACAUGGUAUUUGCCCUGACUGGUCUCAUGAGUUAUGUCAUUCCUGAGACACCUUCUGCUGUUUCCACUCAGCUAUCCAGGGAGAAACUUCUCGCCCAGGAGGCCAAGUACGAGAAGGGUGUCAAGGGGAGGGAGGAUGAGGAUGAACUACUGUCUGUUCUCAGGGAGGCUGGAAACUUUGGAAGACCUGGAGCACGACGUGGAAGCUGGGCCAGGAGAUUCUCCAAGCUCAGUGACACUCUUGAUGCACAUAUUGAUGUGGGGGUCAGGCAGCAGAGGGCUAGUGAUGCCUCUACACUCUGGGAGGCAUCUACCCACGUAUCUUGAAUCUGAUGACCAUUCCAAGGAUG